UCAUGAUGACAUCAUGGCAGUGUGUGUCCCGCGCGGCCCCCAGCGGCCCCCCCGCCCAGCAGGGGCCCCUACAGGUGAACGUUCCUCGCUACCUGCUGCGCGGACAAGGCAAGGACGAGCACUAUGAGUAUGAAGUCAAGAUCUCUGUGGGGGACGAGACAUGGACGGUCUUCAGGAGGUACAGCCGUUUCCGGGAGAUGCAUCGGAGCCUCAGGAUGAAAUACCCGGAGCUCUCUGCUCUGGAGUUCCCUCCGAAGAAACUCUUUGGGAACCGAGAUGAGAGGAUGAUCAACGAGAGACGAGGUCACUUGGAGGCGUAUCUGCGGAGGUUCUUCCAGGUCAUGCUGUGCUCUGCCGGAGGUUCUCCGCUGAGAGGGGGCGACGGCCUCUCCAAGCACGCGGUCGGACAGCUCUCCUCCUUCUUCCGGAAAGGCGUGUUCGACUCCAGCACCCACGGCACCGGCUGACCGUUGCCGUGGGAACCAAGAACAAUUAGAAAGGUCCGGGUUCCGGGGGGAUUUGCGGGUCAGUCCCCCCCACCCAGUAGUUUGUUAUCCAAUCAUUGUGGGGCUUUAGUUCCCAGUCCUUUAUGCUUCAAACAUGUUGGUACUCACAACGCCAUAAUUGAACUGAUGAGUAAUGUUUAAGCGGGUGGUAAUACAACCCACAGUAAUCAAAGAGCUGAUGUCUAACUGCAGGGACAGCACCACCGGUGGUGGACACACAGUACUGCACCAAGCCUUUCUGACUGGCCAGGUGAGGUCCCUUGCGCAGAUCAACGUUGUUCGAUUUUAGCUUCGGUUCUAGCCAAUCGGGUUGAGGGAAUCUUGAUAAUCUUAUGUCAGUAUAAAUGUUUCUUCUUGUUUCAAAAUGCCAACACGUGUUUUUAAAUUGUUCCCAAUCACGUCGCAGGCCCCGUAAUGUAUCUAAGAUAUGUAAAUAGGAAUAUUAAUGUGUACAGUUUUGUAUAUGAAUUGUUCAAACUGUUGACAUUGAAUGUCAUUAAAUGGAGUGUGCUCUGAACGCUGACUAACGGAA